AUUAUGAAGAAAGCGUUUCAAAAAGUAUCAAAUGAUUUAAUUCUACUUAAUACGAACAAUUCAAAUUUAAGUUUAAAAUUAGAAGAGAUAAUGGUGCAACAUGCCGAAUUUUGGAACUUCCUCAAUCAAAUCAACACAAAAUUUAGUUUAUUAUUUGCAAUAUUAUAUUUCACAGUUCUAUUAGAAACCAGUCUCGCAUAUUAUAUAUUUAUCUUCGCCAAAUUAAGCACUAUUAUGAGAUUCGUUACUCUCCUGAUUGUCAUUUUAUUUUCAAUCGUAUGUCUUAUAAUGGGUUACGAAUUUUCAACAUUAACGUCUACGAUGCAGACCUCGUUUCAAGAUAUCCGAAGGUUUUCUGCAUGCGAUUUGUCGCUCGAACAGAAACUGAAAAUUCUAAACUUCAUGAAAAGAUUUGGAAAAGUGUCAUUAUGUAUAUCAAUGAGAGGCUACUUUAAUGUUACGAAAAAGUUUCCAGUUAAGAUGGGCAACGCUCUUCAUUCUAUAUUUUCUGGUCUUUUGAAACUCAGAUCUGCCACUGAAAAUUAACAAAUUUUACAUUAGCGCAAAUGACGUCGAAGUAAAAAACACUUUGUGAAAUUUGAUUUGACAAACUUAAAACGACGAAAGAAUUCUUUCCUCUUACGUAACUCGUCGAUAACCAGAAGCAAAAUAAAAAACAUUUUAAGUACUCAAUAUUUUGAAAAUUUUAUUUUAUUUCUAAUUCACCGUCACUAACAUCCUAUUUCUAUUAUACAAU